AUGGCAUCCUCGUUGAGAAACGUCGUUAUAGUCGGGGCCGGAGGCAACUUGGGGCCCCAUGUUCUCAAGGCAUUUCUCUCCGCUGACGAAUUCCGCGUCACCGUGCUUUCCCGGGACUCUUCAACGAGCGUGUUCCCAGAGGGCGUGCCCGUGAUUCGGUCCGACUACAGCCACGAAUCCUUGGUUUCCGCCUUCCAGGACCAGGAUGCGGUCAUCAGCGUCGUUGGACGAGGCGGUUACGCUGCCCAGCAGAACCUGGUCGACGCGGCCCUCGCAGCCGGGGUCAAACGAUUCAUUCCCGCCGAGUUUGGGAACAACUCGGCCGAUGAGCGAGUCCGGGCUCUGGCGCCUAUGUUGGAGGGCAAGAAAGCCAAGGUCGAUUACCUGCGAGCGAGGGAGGAUCAGAUGAGUUGGACGACAGUCAUCACCGGCGCCUUCUUUGACUAUGCCCUCAAGAUCGGAUUCCUGGGCUUCAACCUGCAGACCCACGAAGCCACCAUCUACGACGACGGCGUCACCCCGGGCUCCGUCAGCACCCUCUCGCAGAUUGGCCGGGCACUGGUUGCCAUCCUCCGACAUGCCGAGCUGACCAAGAACCAAUACGUCUACGUCGAGUCCUUCACGGUGACGCAGAACGAGGUCCUCGCGGCGCUCGAGCGGGCGACGGGGGGCAAGAAGAGCACGGAGCGCUUCAAUCAGGGGGAUCUGGCCGGCGCGCGGAUCCUGAACCUGGCGGCCGGACUGGGGAGGUUUCCCGAUGGGCCCUACGGCGAUUGGAGCCGCGUGCCCGGGGGUUCUUGGAAUGCCCGGCUGGGGCUGGAGGUGGAGGAGUUGGAUCAGGUGGUCCAGUCGGUGGUUCAGUCGGUGGUUCAGUGA